AUGUCAAGUGAUGAACAAAUUCCUGUUGAGGCCGACGUUGAAAAUGUCAAGGAAUUCGAUAACACAGAAGCAUCGAAUGAAGAUAGUGUCAAUGAAGUGAAUGAUGACGAACAGGUUCCACAAUCGAAUGAACAACCAACAACAGAAAAAGAAGAUAAUAAAUCUGAAACAACAGCAAGCGAACAAGAAGCAACAAAUGAUGAUGGUGAUGAUGAAAUUAAAGUUAAUAAUACUAAUAAACGAGAUAUUGAUGAAGUUGACAAAGAUGAUGAACAUAAAAAUGGUCAAUCCCACGAUGAUGACGAGGAAGCUAUUGUAUCAACAACAACAACAAACAAAAAAGUUAAAAUUAUUGAUCCAUUAGCAAAUGAAAAUGGUGGAGAUUCUGAUGAAACUUCAUUCUCAAGCGCGAAAGUGCCUAACGAAGAGCUAACUGUUGUUUAA